UUUUUAUUGGCAAAUGUGGACAAAAUACAAGAGAAAUAUUGGCCACCGAUUUGGGCCAUUCAGACACACGUUCAGACAGCUCUGGCCAACUAUCUUCGCGGCCGACUCCCGGACCUAACAUAUCGACGUAUACAGUAUAUGAUAAAUUGCAAAGAAAAUAUCUGGACGUCAGACGGAGGGCUCAUAUCAAUCGAUUGGUACGAACCCGAGGGUGAAAAGGGUGGCGCCGAACCGGUGGCCAGCAGUUCCAACACAUUCUCUGAUGAGGCCAAACCUAUCGCACUAUUCCUGCCCGGACUCACGGGUGACUCGCAAACAGAAUAUGUUAAGAGUAUGGUUCCGGUGGCCCACGAAGUCGGCUAUAGGUCUGUGGUGUUUAACAACAGAGGCCGCGGAAACAUGAAACUAUUGACGCCUCGGUUCUACUGCGCGGCCAACUAUGAGGACCUGAAGUUAGCCCUCGAACACAUUCGCCGCCAGAAUCCCGACUCGAAAAUAGUGGCCACCGGUAUAUCGUUGGGCGGUAUAGUGUUGGGCCGUUACCUCAUUGACUACGGCGACGCCGCGCUCGUCGACGCC